GCGUCAAUGACCUACGGGCAGCUGGACCAACUUUCCUCUCGACUGGCCAUUGAUCUGCUUCAGUUCACGCAUGGCCGGCAGGUAAUCGUGCCCAUUUUGUUUGCGCCCAAGCCGACGAUGAUCAUCGCCAUGCUGUCCGUGAUCAAAGCCGGAGCGGCGUAUUGCCCGUUGGACAUGGGCGCUCCACCGUCCCGACUGGAGUACAUGAUGAACGCCGUGAAUGCAUCCGUCCUGCUGACCGACGAUGAC